GUUCGAGCAGGUUUGAGCCUCGUGACUUUGAUUUGAAAUCUGAAAUGAAUCGAGUCGUGUCUCUCGUCACCGUGACCGUGUGCGUGUGGUUCACGGAGUCGCUGCCUCACACUCACCCGAAGUCCAGGAAACAUGAUGGCGUCCAGGUGGAGCCCCAGUUCACAGAGAAGUAUUUCACUCAGACUAUGGAUCACUUCAACUUCAACAGCAUGGGGAAUGGGUCAUUCAGCCAGCGUUACCUGAUCACAGAUAAGUACUGGACGAAGGGCUACGGUCCUAUUUUCUUCUACACAGGCAACGAGGGAGACAUCUGGGAAUUUGCCUCCAACUCUGGAUUCAUCUCAGAAUUGGCUGCUCAGCAGAGGGCACUUGUCAUAUAUGCCGAACACAGGUACUAUGGCAAAUCCCUGCCGUUCGGCAAAGACUCCUUCAACAACCCGCAGGUGGGCCUGCUGACCGUGGAGCAGGCCCUCGCCGACUACAGUGUCAUGAUCACUGGACUGAAGCAGCAGCUGGGGGCCACAGGCUGUCCUGUUAUCGUGUUUGGUGGCAGUUACGGUGGAAUGCUGUCAGUUUACAUGAGACUCAAGUAUCCAAAUGUUGUGGCCGGAGCUCUGGCUGCCAGCGCCCCCGUGCUGUCCACUGCUGGGCUGGGAAAUUCCCGGCAGUUUUUUCAAGAUGUUACAGCUGACUUUGAGCAGGUUGCCCCUGAAUGCAGAGAUGCUGUGAGAGGAGCUUUCCAUCAGCUGAAGGAAUUAGCUGAGCGCCAAGAUUACAAAGACAUCCAGGCAGAGUUUACUCUGUGUAAACCUCCGUCAUCUGCCCAGGACAUCCACCAGCUGUACGGCCUGCUGAGGAACGCCUUCACCCUGAUGGCCAUGCUGGACUACCCCUACAGCACUCACUUCAUGGGCGACAUGCCCGCCAACCCUGUGAAGGUGGCUUGUGAAAACAUGCUGAGUGGAUCUGACCUACUUGCUAACCUCAGGAACACUGCAGGGAUUGUGUAUAAUUCUACUGGACUGCUGACAUGUUUCGACCUGUACAGUCUGUAUCUGGAGUGUGCUGAUCCCACUGGAUGUGGACUGGGCUUCGACAGCCUGGCCUGGGACUACCAGGCGUGCACAGAGGUCAAUCUGUGCUUUGAGAGCAACAAUGUGACGGACAUGUUUCCUCCCAUGUCCUUCACUGACAGAGACCGUGAGAUUUACUGCUCCAAACGCUGGGGUGUGAUUCCACGACCAGACUGGUUCAAAACCCAGUUCUGGGGUGAUGACCUCUCCACAGCCAGCAACAUCAUCUUCUCCAAUGGAGACCUGGACCCGUGGGCAAACGGAGGGGUGCGCAAGUCCUUGAGCUCAUCGCUGAUCGCUGUCAACAUUCCUGAGGGAGCCCAUCACCUGGACCUGAGGGGAUCCCACGAUGCUGAUCCAGUGUCAGUGAUCGCUGCCAGGAAAACCGAAGCAGACCUCAUCGCACAGUGGGUGAAGAUGGAGAGGAGAAGGUUAAAGAAGUCACUUUAAGGCUCAGUCUCUCAGUCACAAUAUACUGGAUAUUAAAGAAUUAAUUAUUGAUGUGUAAUAACACACAGGAUAAUAUCCUGUAAAUGAUCCAGUGCCUUGUAAGUCCUUUCCAUUUCUUUAUGUCCAGAAGCAGUUUUUCACACUCUGACAAAGUGGAUGUUAGUUAUUGGUUUUAAUUAUUAUGCUGAACAAACCUCAUGUCUCUCUGGAACGUGGGUGUAAAAUAAAGUGUUCACUCUGGAACUGAACAAAAAGUGAGUGAACCUGUGAGUCAGUGUGUGUGAUGAAUGGGUUUGAUUGAGUGGGAUGCCAGUGAACUAAGAGGAGCAGCUCACUGCUGAGCUCAUUUCAGACUAUGCAUGGACAGUUGUGAGAGAUGCACCUCGGCCCCACUCUACACAGGCAGCUGGUGUUUUCAAACAGCCUGUUUCCAUCUUACCAACAGUUCAGGACCUCGAGAUAUCCCUCAUGGAGGGCUGAGAACCAGGGUCUAUCCACAGCUGAGAAGCUUGAACAUGUGAUUAUCAAGGGACGAUCCAGUCAAAUACAGUAGUGCUCCCUCUUUAGAUCAGUGCAGGAAUUGCAUGGGACUGGCGCGCUGUCUGUUGGGUGUUAAUGGUUAGCAGUUUUCUGCUCUUCACUCUGGGAUGUGUUCAGUAUAUCUCUGUGUUUAAAAUUAAAAAACGACAUGUUUGAAGCAGAUGUAGCACCAUCACUGCAGACCAGCUUUGUUUCUCCAGUCAUUGAUCAACACAAAUGUUUCUGUUCAAUAAAGUCUUUUUAAUUUUUC